ACCGCGUCGCAUGCAUUGUCUGUACAGAUUCGCAAUCCCAGAGAUGAUAGAUCACAAGUUGUGGACGGCCACAGAGAAAUGGAUUGCAUCGCCACCGCCACGCGCCGAUCAUGAUGAUCGGAUAUUGACGAGUGACGUCUGGUAUCUGAAGCAGCCCCUAUCUUGUCUCUCUCACAGCCGACUGCGACCGUCGAAAUGCGCUCUGUCUACGGUGAAGAGUUCUCGUCGAAUGUAUCUUUGGCUCUUCAAGAGAGUCCGAUAAAGAAACACCCGCGAUUCUUCCUCUCAGAUGGCACCGUGAUCUUCUCGGUAUGUUACUACUGGCCUUGUAAUCGCCGGGAGUGGUAACUAUGAGAGCUGACAACGAGGCUGAAAGGUUGAGAGAAUUUUGUACAAGGUGCACCGCUACUUCUUUGAGCGAGACUCGCUGGCUUUCGCGGGGAUGUUCUCUCUGCCGACGGCAUCGGGGGAGCGGCCUGAAGGUGAAGUCGUGGAGAACCCAAUCGUGCUCGAGGGGAUCUGCACAGUCGACUUUGACCGACUUCUCUCCGUUUUCUAUCCCGCCGACUUUGCGACGCGAGAUUGCGCCUCGGUCGAGGAGUGGACCUCGAUCCUCUCGCUCUCAACGCGCUGGGAGUUCACGUCUAUCCGAGAACUGGCCAUCCAGCACCUCGGGCCGUCGACCUCCGCCGUGGAACGCAUCGCGCUCGGCCGCCGCUUCGAUGUGGGACCGUGGCUUGUUCCCGCGUACACAGAGCUGUGCGAGCGCAUGGAUCCGCUGACUCUCACUGAGGGACAGCUGCUCGGUGUGGAUAUCAUCAUCCGCAUCCAGCAGGUCCGACAUUCGAUCCGGUAUGCCUCCAAUCUCAAUAGACACCACGACUCAAUUGUAGCGCUUGUUCGAGAUGUUCUUCUUUGAGGGGGACAUUCGCAGCGCUAUAUAUGUCUCAGAUAACUUGCUUAUUUAUUGGAUUGCGUAAUGGACAACUUCGAAUUCAUUCUCAUGAACAGA